UGUGUCUAGAAUUGUGCUGAAGAAUUUUGUUCAUUGCUAAAAUUUCCAUAGACUAAUGUUAGAGUAACUAGCUAGGGAAUGCAGGUUAAAAGGAUUGUGAUUGUGCUCCUACCAUUGCUCUUGUGGCAAGUAUUAAGCUUAAGAAGUUGCAAAGGAUGUACGACAAAUGACGUCAGAUUACAAAACACCGUGACUGGGAGGGUAGAGGUGUGUGAUGGAGGGACGUGGUACAGUGUUUGUGCCCCCUCAAAUCUUCCCAAUUCCCUGGCUAAUGUUAUAUGCAGACAAUCGAAUUGUUAUGAAUUUAUUGGUGGAGAUAUCCAGUCUACUUCGCACAAUUCUGUCAAUUACAAAAAAGUUAACUGUAGUGGACAUGAGAGUGCAAGUGAUCUGAGUUCUUGCAGCGUUAUGACCCCUAUUGGUUCAUGCUCACGGGCUGUUGUUAUUGAAUGUCGAAGAGUUAUAAAUACUCCACUUUCUCCAUUAAACCCUUCAAUAAGUAUUCUCAGUUCCACCUCAAUUAGACUCAGAUGGUCUCGUCCCAGUACAAGCAACUGCAGAAGUAUCGAUGGCUAUAGAGUCACUUGUACAGCUUCUGGGUGUUCCAGUUUGAGUGUAGCAUCAACAACACAAACCACUCUCACCUUUUAUUCUGCUGGUGUUACUAGCUGCAACUAUCAAUGCUGCAUCCAAAGCUACAACAAUGCUGGAAGUAGCUCUGAAAGAUGCGCCUAUUUGCCUGUUCCAGGUACACCCAAUUCUGUGCAGGGAACGGUUCUGAGUCCACAGUCAGUCCAAAUAUCAUGGUCACGCCCAUCAUCAAACUACUACCAUAUCACUGGAUAUCGGGUUUCCUACAGCAAUAAUUAUUAUUGCCCGUUUUGUACAUCCCAGUCUAUGGACGUAAAUGCUGUAUCCAGAAAUUUAACUAUCAAUAAUCUGAUACGACUCGCAACAUACACUUUCAAUGUGAAAGCUAAAAGUGUGGCUGGUCUGAGUUCAAGCAGCUCCCCUGCUGUGACAUUGAUCAUAGCUCCCCCUAGUGCUCCACCACGACUGUCUGCAACAAAUCUGAGCCCUACCUCAUUUAUUUUGAGGUGGGGUAGCCCUAGCAACACGUACAAUCAACCAUACAGUUUCUCUAUCAGCUGCGACGAGACCUCCUACAGCAACACUGGAGCACAAUUAAUAGAAUCAAACUUAAAUAGUGUGUCAUACACUGUUCGUUCUUUGCAGCCAGGUGCUACGUAUCAGUGUUGUGUGUCAGCUGUGAACAAUGCUGGGGAAAGCCCCACUUGCGUUAAUAAGCGUACACUGGAAAGAGCCCCUACUGGGUCUUCUGCAAAUGUCCAAUAUCAAACACUUAGCUCCACUGCCAUAAUGCUCAUAUGGACUGAACCUCCCUACCGACAGAGGAAUGGAAUCAUUCGUUACUAUGCAGUGAGAGUAUGUCAGAUUGAACCAGCGGGACAGUGCAAGGAUCACCAAACAACUGGAACAACAACCUUGGAGUUAUCUCUACACCCACACUAUAGGUACAGCUGGACUGUGGCAGCCUACACUAUUGAUUGGGGUCCAUACAGGCAGCCACUAGCGUUCUUCCAAAUGCCAGUGGACAUACCAAGUGGCCCUCCACAGAAUGUACGGCAUGGAUUAUUGAGUGACUCCUCAGUGCAGCUGUUCUGGAGCCCACCUCCCCUUGAAGAUCAGAAUGGAGUUAUCACCGGAUAUAAUGUUUAUAUUAUGAAUGCUGACAAUAUCAAUAUCUCUAAAACGUUAGAAGUGGGUGUCAUGGCAACUAUAGAGUCUCUAGAUGAAAUCACUACUUUCUGGUUUGAGUUAUCGGCCGUGACAGCUGCUGGGGAAGGCCCCCACACUGUGUACGGACCUGUUACUACGGCAAUAGGUGCUAAGUACGGAACACUGAUAGCAGGUGGAGCGUUUGCGGUAGUGAUUGCAACUGCUUUCAUGUGUUUGUGUUUGUGUUGGAGAAAGAGAAGACAGAGAAAAAUCAACACAAAAAACCACUCUGGUACUAAAAAUGAGCAUAAACUGAAAUCUAAAAGAGACACAAAUGAACAGAAAGUGAACACAUUAGCAGUAUUGUACGGAGAUAAAUCCGAACGAAAAGACAAGCCAAAAAAGAGGUCUUCUUUACAAAGGUUGAAGAAUUUGUUUAAGACUGCAAAGAAUACAGAAACUCCUCCCAUACCUACGAGACGCUAUCUUGAAGAUGAUGACUUCAUGGUCGGGAAUUUCGAUGGUCAACCAGCCAUUCCCUCAAGAGCCACCAUCAUGGAUCAGGUUAAUGCAGGCCCACAAAGAAGCGCUGAUGAGCCUGCAGUCCCACCUCGCAUGUACCUGCUGGACAACGUAUUUGUGCAAGGCCUUGAGGCAUUUGUAGCUGAGGUGAGUGGGAAGGACGCACCGGACCUAGGAGAUGAAGAUAAAAUCUAUCAGCCGUUGAUCCCGCCGAGACGUUACGAGGAGAGUUGCCAAGACGACUCCGAUGUUUAUCAAGCCCUAACUUCAAACAGAUCGAAAAGUGACUUUAGGGAAGUAACCAUACUGAGUGAAGAGACACGAUUUGCGGCAGAUUCUGAGAACCAUUACCAGCCGUUGGUGAAGAGAGCGGAACAAAGUGUUUACGAGAUGGUGACAGUCGGUGGUGGCAAAGAUGGUGAGAAUAAGAAUAUUGAGACUGUUCCUAACAAUUCUGAAGGCCAUUACCAGCCAUUGAUGAAGCGUGAAGAGCCUAGCGAUUAUCAGCCGAUAUCUACAUGCAUUAGUGGUCGUGGACAGACUUUAACGAGCAGUUUUGUAAUGCAGUCAGAGAGUAACUCGGAGGAGGGCCAUUAUCAGCCACUGAUGAAGCGUGAAGAGCCUAGCGAUUAUCAGCCGAUAUCUACAUGCGUUAGUGGUCGUGGACAGACUAGUUUUGUAAUGCAGUCAGAGAGUAACUCAGAGGAGGGCCACUAUCAAGCAUUGGUGAGGAAACAAGAGGAGAACACUUACCAGUCAUUGACAUUGCAUAGAGAGACACAGUAGUGUAGCAUGUGAUUAGUGUGUGGGUGUAUUGUAUAUUGUUUAUGCUCUUAAAUAUUGUGGUUGUGUAUAUAUUGUAAGUGAAAGUUAACGAUAUUCA